AUGGGAAAUGGGAAAGAACAGCUAACUACGCAGACAUUAUCUAACUCAAAUUUCUCAUCUAAGAAUGCUAGCUACCCAUUUCAACAUAUCAUGGAAUCUCCGACUCCUAUUAGCAAUACAAGCUCUGCCACAACCAGAAUAGUUGGUUCAAAGGAUUAUAGACCUGAUGGUGGGGAAACUGAAGUGCCAUAUGGAUCUCCUAGAGUUGAAGAAUGUACUGAGGAUAGACCAAAUCCUACGGAAUCUGAUUAUGGCAAAUAUGGUAAAAAAUGCGGGUUUGGGGUGAUGACAAAAUGGACUGAGAGGGGAGAAGAUGAGUUUGUUAGAUAUGUCACCCUUGCUUGUGCCCGCGGUGGGAAGGCCCGGAAUAGGACGUUGAAUGUUGCCAACCCACGUCCGAUAGGGAAAACGGAAUGUAAGGCAAAACUUAAUGCCAUAAGAUCUUUUGUUGUUGGCGCGGGAGAAUUCGAGAACUUGCCAUUUUUGGAAAAUUAUUGUAGUAAUUAUAUUGACAAGACAAAACAUCUACAACUUGGCACAGGUGGUACUGGAGCGCUUCGAGAGUACUUUUUACGAAUGCAGUACAAAAAUCUUGAGUUCUUUUAUAUGAUGGAUAUAGAUGAUGACAAGAGGUUAAAGAACGUCUUCUGGGCAAACCCCCGUAGUAGAGCAGCGUACCAAUAUUUCGAUGAUGUGGUCACAUUCGACACUACAUACCUAACGAAUCAAUAUGGGAUGCCCUUUGCACCAUUUGUUGGUGUAAACGACCAUGGGCAAUCAAUUCUAUUGGGAGCAGGCUUGAUUUCUAGUGAGAAUACCGAUACCUUUGUGAGGUUAUUCGAGACAUGGUUGCAAUGCAUGAAUGGUAUCGCGCCAAAGUCUAUUAUCACUGAUCAGGAUAAAGCGAUGAAAAAUGCAAUCGCAAUUGUUUUCCCAAAAACUCGGCAUAAAUUUUGUCUUUGGCAUAUACUAAAGAAAGUCCCUGAGAAGCUUGGCUCAUAUAGUUCUUACAAAACGGGGAUGAAAAAUGCAUUAAUGAAAUGUGUAUAUGACACCCAACUUGUUGAUGAGUUUGAGAAAUUGGGAUCAGUUGAUUAA